UAGUUAGCUGCUAGCAUAGUAUGCUAAUGGAGUUCUGAUUAUUUUUGUUAUUGUAAUUAAAAGGUUUCAGAAGACAUAUAUCACCUUUCCAUAAGUGCGAGGAUACUUUACUUUUGGACGGAAUUACUGUUUCAACGGGGAACCCGUUUUCCGAGUAUGAAACAACCGAAUGUAUGAGUUAGCGCGUGGGUAUGUUUACAAAACAGGUGAAGCUCCCCAUCCGAAAGUUAGCUAGGCGAUCUAGCUAGCUAUAUCAAGCCAAUUAGCUAUCCAAAUAGCACAACGGGAAGUAAAAUGUGUUGGAUAAUGCCAUAGUAAAUAUAUUUUACUAAUCUAGAUUUACAAAUCUGGGUACAGUAAAUUGCUGAAGUUGUAGAUGAAGUUAUAGCUAAAAAGCUAAAUUAGCUUGCGAAUGUUUUGGCGCAACCUUAAGGUUCCCCACGCGCAGAACUGUGAUUACACUGAAGAAGAUAAAGUAUGUAAAUUAUAUAAAUAGUCUCUAAAAAGACUACGAAUGGGAAAGCACAUGAUAUUCUUGUUAUGACGACAUUGUGUUCACCUGUUGACGUCGUCACAUUAUACCUAUACACUAGCUAUAACUAACGUUAUAGUCUAGCUAAAUAAAUUGUGGGUUUGUCAACAUGGCAAGUGCCUUAGCAGCUAAAAUGGGACUCAACUCAUUGAGAAGAAAACAAGCCAAGAACUUCAAUGUCAGGAUCACCACAAUGGAUGCAGACAUGGAAUUCAGUUGUGAGGUCAAAUGGAAGGGAAAAGAUCUUUUUGAUCUGGUGUGCCGGGCUCUGGGACUGAGAGAGACGUGGUUCUUCGGGUUCCAGUAUGAUGUCAAAGACACUGUAGCCUGGAUCAAGAUGGACAAGAAGGUUUUGGACCACGAUGUGUCCAAGGAGGAACCAAUCACCCUUAAUUUCCUGGCCAAGUUUUACCCUGAGAACGCAGAGGAGGAGUUGGUUCAGGACAUCACUCAGCAUCUCUUCUUCCUACAGGUGAAGAAUAAGAUCCUGGAAGAGGAGAUCUACUGCCCUCCUGAAGCCUCGGUGCUGCUGGCCUCCUAUGCCGUCCAGGCCAAGUAUGGAGACUAUGACCCCAAUGUCCACAAACUAGGCUUUCUGGCUCAAGAGGAACUCUUACCAAAGAGGGUGAUCAACCUUUACCAAAUGACAGCAGAGAUGUGGGAGGAGAGAAUCACUUCUUGUUAUGCUGAGCAUAGAGGGAGGACAAGGGAAGAUGCUGAGAUGGAGUACUUAAAAAUAGCUCAAGACCUGGAGAUGUACGGCAUCAAUUACUUUCCCAUCAGGAACAAGAAGGGAACAGAUCUCCUGCUGGGAGUGGAUGCCUUGGGUCUACAUAUCUACGAUCCAGACAACAAGUUAACCCCCAAAUGUUCCUUCCCCUGGAAUGAGAUUCGCAACAUCUCCUACAGCGACAGAGAGUUCGCCAUAAAGCCUCUGGACAAGAAAACAGACGUGUUCAAGUUCAACUCCUCCAAGUUGAGGGUUAACAAGUUGAUCCUGCAGCUGUGCAUGGGGAACCAUGACCUGUUCAUGCGGAGGAGGAGGGUGGACUCUCUAGAGGUGCAACAGAUGAAGGCCCAGGCCCGAGAGGAGAGGGCCAGGAAACGGGUGGAGAGGCAGCGGUUAGAGAGGGAGAAGCACCUGAGAGAGGUAGCAGAGAGAGCCAGGGACGAUCUGGAAAGGAGACUGAUACAGCUACAGGAUGAAGCCCACAUGGCCAAUGACGCUCUGCUUCGUUCUGAGGAGACAGCAGAUCUCCUGGCUGAGAAGGCCCAGAUAGCUGAGGAGGAAGCGAAGCUGCUGUCCCAGAAGGCUAGUGAGGCCGAGGCCGAAAUGCAGCGUAUCAAGGUGACAGCCAUCCGCUCAGAGGAGGAGAGGAGAAUGAUGGAGCAGAAGAUGCUGGAGGCGGAGAUGAUGGCCCUCAAGAUGGCUGAUGAGUCAGAGAGGAGGGCAAUGGAGGCUGACCAGCUGAAGCAGGACUUGCAGGAAGCCAGGGACUCUGAAAGGAGGGCCAAACACAAGCUGCUAGAGAUCACCAGCAAGUCUACCUACUCGCCCUCGGCCGUCCCAGGUGAUGCGAUGCCUCCAGACCUGAGCUUCAGCAGAGAGAACCUGAGCUUCGACUUCAAAGACACAGACAUGAAGCGCCUCUCCAUGGAAAUCGAGAAGGAGAAGGUGGAGUACAUGGAGAAGAGUAAGCACCUUCAAGAGCAGCUGAAUGAGCUGAAGACAGAGAUAGAGUCUCUGAAGCUGAAGGAGCGAGAAACGCCUCUGGAUAUACUCCACAACGAGAACACUGAGAAGGGCACCAGCAAGCACAGCAACUUCAAAAAGCUAACUCUACAGAGCACCAAGACCAGAGUGGCUUACUUUGAAGAACUAUAGAUGUCACCAGGGACGUGUGUGUGCAUGCUUGACUGUGUGUGUGCGUGCUUGACUGUGUGUGUGCGUGCUUGACUGUGUGUGUGUCUGUUUGCGUGCGAACGAGUCUGUUUGCGCCCACGUCUGUUUGCGCCCACGUCUGUGUGCGUGCACGUGUGUCUGUGUGGACAUGUCUCUGGAGAAACUUUAUCACUGCAGUACAUUCCAUACUACGUGACCUUUGGCUUCAUUUCACCACAACUGCGGUCAAACGAUGGACCACUGCCUAGGUCAAAACUAAUUUAAGAACUGAAGUUUACAUACUGUAUAGGCCAAGAGAGACAAAUCAUGAGUUACACUUUAAUUUACAUUCUACUACUUCUUACCUGAUAUUUACCUUAAAAUAACCAAACAAUACUCACAAUAACUACAGUUUGUGUUAUUUGUGUAACAUUGAAACAAACAUACUAUUUACCAUUCACUAGCAGGUAGGUAAAGUAUGUUUAAUUAUGUAUCAGUAUCCUUACCACUCAAAUAAGUGCGUAAUGAGUAUUAACAGGUAAAUACCACUGAAAAAUUACAGUACAAUAUUAUCAACUCGUAUCACGUCACCUCAAGUCUCUGGCUGCCGUAAGUUAAUUUCUGUAUAGGUGUUCUCUAGUAUGAAGGUACCAAGUGCACUAUAUUCUGUUCUACCCUUUAAAAGCAGAGUGGAAUAGCCUUUGAACUCUGGGUGAAGAUGAAGGAAUGGUAAGAGUAUUACAGUACAAUAAUCCGGUGUACAUCUAGCACAGUUUUCCUGAAUCCUGAUACUGGGGACCCACAGCGAUGCACAUUUUUGUUGUUUUGCCCUAGCAUUAACACACUUCAUUCAACUAAUCCGCUCCUCAUCAAUGCUUUGAUUAGUUUAUUCAGUUGGGCUGGGGCAAAAACCAAACUAUGUGUGCGGUGAACAUUUUGAAUCCCCAUGACCAGGAUUGGGCAAAACUGAUCUAACCUAUCGUUGGUACUUUUGGGAAACUUGAGUUUGCAUUCCAUUGUAUUGAUCUAAUACGGUGCACUCUGAAACUGUUUGCAUAUUUUGUUACAUUACAGACUUAUUCUAAAAUAUAUUAAAUACAUUUUUUGCCUCAUCAGUCUACACACAAUACCCCAUAAUGACAGA